GUUGGGAUUCACUCGCAGGGCGUAAGGAUGCCGGAGUUUGAUGUGAUUGUUCUGGGAACCGGACUGAAGGUCACCGUGGCCACCAGAUCCAGUCUGUGUCCAGAUCAGAGGGUCACUGCAGUCACCCGGAUCCAGUACGUAUCCAGACCAGAUGGUGGAUCAGCACCUAGAAAGGACCUCUACUGCCCUGAAAGACAGCGGAGACCAGGACAACUAGAGCCCAGAUACAGAUCCCCUGUAAAGACCUUGUCUCAGAGGACCACCAGGACAAGACCACAGGAAACAGAUGAUUCUUCUGCACAAUCUGACUUUGCUGCAGUCUGGAAUUGAACUACUGGUUUCGUCUGGUCAGAGGAGAACUGACCCCAACUGAGCCUGGUUUCUCCCAAGGUUUUUUUCUCCAUUCUGUCACCGAUGGAGUUUCGGUUCCUUGCCGCUGUCGCCUCUGGCUUGCUUAGUUGGGGUCACUUCAUCUACAGCGAUAUCAUUGACUUGAUUGCAAAUAAAUGCACAGACACUAUUUUCAACUGAACAGAGAUUACAUCACUGAAUUCAAUGAUGAACUGCCUUUAACUAUCAUUUUGCAUUAUUGACACACUGUUUUCCAAAUGAAUGUUGUUCAGUGCUUUGACGCAAUGUAUUUUGUUUAAAGCGCUAUAUAAAUAAAGGUGACUUGACUUGGCCUGUGUGUGAUGACCGGUGUGUGAGGACCAGUGGUCUGUGUGUGAUGACCGGUGUGUGAGGACCAGUGGUCUGUGUGUGAUGAACGGUUUGUGAUGACCAGUGGUCUGUGUGUGAUGACCGGUGUGUGAGGACCAGUGGUCUGUGUGUGAUGAACGGUGUGUGAUGACCAGUGGUCUGUGUGUGAUGAACGGUUUGUGAUGACCAGUGGUCUGUGUGUUUUGACCAGUGUGUGAUGACCAGUGGUCUGUGUGUGAUGACCAGUGUGUGGUGAUCUGUGUGUGAUGACCGGUGGUCUGUGUGAUACAGGAAUGUGUUUUAUCUGGACUGAUGUCUGUCAACGGGAAGAAGGUCCUUCAUAUGGACUCCAACCCGUAUUAUGGAGGAGAAAGUGCCUCAGUUUCCCCUCUGGAGGAGCUUUAUAAGAGGUUCCAGGUUUCUGCUCCUUCAAAAUCAAUGGGAUGCGGGAAAGACUGGAACGUGGAUCUGAUUCCCAAGUUUCUGCUUGCAAACGGUCCUCUGGUGAAGAUGCUGCUGUACACUGAGGUCACGCGGUAUCUUGACUUCAAGGUGAUUGAAGGCAGUUUCGUCUAUAAAGGAGGGAAAAUUCACAAAGUCCCCUGCACCGAGACAGAAACACACAAUACAGAUCUGAUGGGGAUGUUCGACAAGCGGCGCUUCCGUAAGUUCAUGUCCUUUGUGCUGAACUUCGAGGAGAACGAUCCGCGGACGCAUCACGACAUGGACCCGCACAGAACCAAUAUGAGGGACGUGUUUCGCCACUUCGACCUGGGAGACGAUGUGGUGGAGGUCACAGGUCACGCUCUGGCCCUUCACGUCAAUGACGAUUAUCUGGAGCAGCCGUGUCUGAUGACCAUACAGAGGAUCAAGCUGUACUCCGAGUCUCUGGCACGCUACAGUCUCAGUCCGUUCCUCUAUCCUCUGUUCGGUCUGGGCGAGGUGCCUCAGGGCUUCGUCAGGCUCAGCGCUGUCCACGGGAACAGAUACCUGCUGAACCGCCGCGUGGACGAAAUCCUGAUGAAGGAUGGGCGAGUGACGGCGGUGCGAUCCGAGGGCGAAGUCUUCCGCUGUAAGCAGCUGAUCUGUGACCCGAGCUACGUGCCGGAGCGCGUGAAGAAGGUUGGUCGCGUCAUUCGUGUCAUCUGCUUACUCAACCACCCCAUCAAAAACACCCACGACGCCAACUCCUGCCAGAUCAUCAUCCCACAGACGCACCUCAACAGGAAGUCAGAUAUCUACAUCUGUCUGCUGUCCUUCGCUCAUAACGUGGCGGCGGAAGGGAAGUAUAUGGCUGUGGUCAGCACGAUGGUGGAAACCUGCAACCCGGAGAAGGAGGUCGCUCCCGGACUGGCCCUGCUGGAGCCCAUCCUGGAGAAGUUUGUGAGUGUCAGUAACCUGAUGGUCCCCAUCGACGACGGCCGCCGGAGUCAGAUCUUCGUCUCACGCUCGUACGACCACACGCCACACUUUCAGACCGAGACGGAUGACAUCCUUGAUCUGUACCGGCGCGUCACGGGCUCAGAGUUCAUCUUCAGGGAUCCCAGAGACACCGACGCCGACUCCGACGACUGAACAAGCGUCACAACAACAAACCCAUGAGAGAUCCUUCACUCCUGAACAACACGGCUGUGGUUUUUCUCUUCUUUAUCCCUAGAUUAGCAUCUCUUCUUCUUCUUCUUUAGAGGUUUAUGGUCUGUUUAAGGGUUAGUAUUAUUGACAGACACAUUAAUGUCAUGGAUGACAAAUGUUCAGAUCAGGUUUUGUUUCCCAUGGCACUCUUUUGUUAGACUGAAUGUGACACAGCGGUCAGACUGAGACAGGUUUAUAGAAAUAGCGUCUGAAAGGAUUAUUGAACAUCAUGUUUCAUGAGAUCUUUUUUUCUGCUGCUUGCUAAAUGUGUUCAGAUUUGGACUGGCAGUCUUGUGUUGUGUGGUGUUUGUAUACUAGCUGAAUAUAGCGUGUGUGUGGUGCUAAUAAAGAUGUGCACACGAUCACA